GCCAACAGUUGCUGAAGUUGUGAGUCUGCAAAUGGUUUGUUGCCAGCAGAACCCCAAUAUUUCUCAACAUGCCCCAGCUGGCGGCAAGAGUGUUAAAAACUGUAAUGUUUACUAUCUACGAGUUUUGAUACAUCCUUGACACUGGGUGCCGUUUUCUGGAUAGGGUUGCACAUGCUGUUGACAUUUAGAGAGUUCGAUUCCCCCAUGCAGCAAGGGAUGCAGUAUUUAUACCGUGUCUUGGGUGGUAUAUUUUUGUGAGCGCCAGGUUUUUCGCGGAAAGGCGUACAUCGUUUCCUGGUGGAUUGACCUUAAAGGUAUUUGUGACACAACUAGGUUAUGGAUUUGUAGCGGAACUUCGCGGCAUUACUGUAGCUAGCCUGUGUCGGAGACAGCACAGCUAUAGAUGGCAGUCUAGCUCUCACAGACUAGGACACAGUCUCACACACAGCGAGGAUUUCGAAACAUGUCACAUGGUCAUGUGGAUACCUUGCAGGGCAUUUCACAAAAAGAAAUGUCUGCCCCUCUGAACGGUGACGUCAGCAUGGAGACUGAGAUGCGUCAGGUGAAUGGGAUGCCGGUGGACGGCUUCACAGACGGACGUAGGUCAGACCCCAUGCAGGAAUCGUUCCACCAAGAUAUUCCAAGCACAAAUCCAUUUGCAGACCCACAGCUUGACAACGCUGCCACCAUUCCACAGGGCAUGCUUAUAGAUCUGGCUCACCCAUCUCAAGCAGGUAGUACGGGCGUACCGGCUAGUCCACCCCCUGUAUCCAGCCUUUUACAGCCUCAAGUAGAAAACCUGGGUGAAUUACCUUCAUCUCCACAGGUGAUUUGUGAAACAGAUUUACAGAGGCAGCAAGCUGCUGGCACUUUUCAACAGUCUGGGUUAGAAUUUUGUCAAUCUCCGGCCUUGCAAACCGACCUGGAUACACUGGGUGGUGAAAAACCAAACAACUGUGACCCACAAAUGACGACAGAUGAUGCUGUCACUGGCGGGCAUGGUGACGAGCCGUCACGGGCCACCGAACUGGGUUAUCUUGGGUCGUGUGUGAAGCCUGGUGUGGAACAAACCCAUGUGACUACCGGCUCUUCACACCGUGAUGAGGAAGACAAUAGGGAGAGGUCAGCUAACACGCUUCAUGAUGGGCAGGGAUUAGGGUCAGCCGUGUUAGGGGACACUGUUAUGGAGGGAAGCUCUGAGAUGGGUGAGCGUGCAGCUACUAACAGCCAAGUUUUGCAUGGGGAAAGUGAAGCUUAUAGGAUCACAAACGAGCAGGAGAUGGCCCACAGCAGUGUUGAUUCGUAUAGUGGUCAGGAUAACCUGGUGUCCGUCCAGAAAGGAAUGGAAAGUUGUGUGUUACAGGAAAAUAGAUCUGUUGCUGAAUCUCCCACUGUGAACGGGCAUGAUGAGGAAUAUCAUUCUAAAGAUGACCGCACCAGCUUGCCGGAUUCCAACAACACUGGAUCUAAUGCUGCAGGCAACCAUCUACAUUCUAUUGUGGAAGACACACAGUCAACAGGUGAUGAAGCCAACAACACAGUCUCCUCUGAGACGGUGCAGAGGUCAGAGGUCAAGGACGUUGUGACUGACAGGCACAGGAUGCAGGCCGAGAAGAAACCCGGAAAUGGAUCACUGUCUCCCAAGAAGUCUGGAUUACCGACUCGAUCCAUGAAGACUAGUGCUCCGCCCCCCAGUGUGUCAUCGAAGGGUUGGGAUUCCACAGUGGUCAUACCCCCAAAACCAAGACCGCUCAGUGCUUUAAUAACACCCAAAAAUGUACCAGAAGAACCUCCUCUGAGACCUAGACCAAGUUCUGCUAAAUCGAGUUCUGAAUCUAAGAAGUACGGUAUUAGUACUAAACAGCAGGGCUACAAGCCUGGCGGUGGCGACGUCAAGAUCUUCAACGAGAAGAAAGAUUAUGCUGCGCAGCCGAGGAUUGAUGCAAAAAUGUCUCACACUAAGGCUCCGAAGCCAGCCUCUCCGCGAACUCCUGCAGUAACAAGUCCACCGCCCAAGACGAGCUCUGCUAAAUCUAAGAUUGGAUCCAUGGACAAGAUCACUCACAAACCAGGGGGAGGAGACGUGGCGAUUGUGAAUAAGAAACCAGACGUCUCUAAUGUGACAAGCAAAAUAGGCUCAAAGGACAAGAUAACACACAAACCAGGAGGUGGUAACGUGAAGAUUGAAACGAAGAAAAUUGUGGUAGAUAAAGUAACUUCGAAAGUUGGAUCCUUAAACAAUACCCGCCAUAAGCCAGGAGGUGGAGACAAAAAGAUUGAAACAAAGAAACUAGACUGGAAGGUGGAAUCAAAAGUGGGCUCUCUGGAUAAUGCAAAACAUAAUCCAGGGGGUGGAGGCAAAAAGAUUGAAAGUAAAAAGUUGGAAUGGAAAACUGAAUCAAAAGUGGGAUCGUUGGACAAUGCCAAACAUGUUCCCGGUGGAGGGGUGAAGAAGAUUGAAACAAAGAAGGUAGAGUGGACCGCCGAAUCAAAGGUUGGGUCUAUGGACAAAGUUCAUCAUACCCCUGGCGGCGGGGAUAAGAAGAUUGAAACCAAGAAACUGGAGUGGAAGACAGAGCCGAAAGUGGGUUCCCUGGAUAAAGUUCACCACACGCCCGGCGGUGGCAACAAGAAGAUUGAGUCUCAGAAGCUGACGUUCAAGGAGAGCGCCAAGGCAAAGACUGACCACGGCGCCAGUCCAUCUAGUCACCAGCAGUCUAGGUCAAGCACCAGCAGUGCCAGCGAGGUCAGCGCCGAGCAGUGACAGGGAGACCACUCUAUCUUCAGCAGUGACAGGGGAGACCACUCUAUUUUCAGCAGUGACAGGGGAUACCAUUCUAUCUUCAGCAGUGACGGGGAGACUACUCUUUAUCUUCAGCAGUGACUGGGGAGACCAUUCUGUUUUCAGCAGUCAGUUUGAAGCUAAAGCAUCCAGCAGUUAUUGAUACUAGUAACACUGAAUUAAGUGGCAUAAUAUGAUGGUGAAUAACUCUUUUGUUAAAGAAACCAAUAAAAAUGAAGUGAAAAUAUU